AUGUGUUCUCUUGCUCCUAUCCAUUUGCCACCACCACCACCUGGCUUUCAAAUUAUAUACGUACCCCCGACCAUACCACUAUCCCGCCUUGACAACUAUAUCAACAAUAACGAUUCUCUUCGUCCCAACGAUACUUCACCCUGUCCUGCGACCCAUUCGAACUCAUCGACUGGACCUUCUACACCGCCUCUCGAAUCCCCUCUUCGUUUACCUACACCUUCCAAAAUGCCCAUGUCAAAUGGACAUGACGGUGAUCAUCAUAUUGCGACGGAUCAUGAUUGCGUCCUUAGACGAUAUGAGAUGAAGAUGAGGCAAGAACCUGUUCAAGCUAGGAUGUGCGGUGUCGGAGAAAAGUCUGAUAGGAGACCUGUUGACCCGACCCCCAUUAUACAACUAAAGGUCAUCGAUGGAAACGGAGAAGAUAUCACUCCUACCGAUCCUAGAUCUAGGAACUCGCUGACGCGUCCUAGUCCAGGACCAGGACCAAAUGGUAUGACUUUCAUGCAGAAUCCAUAUUAUUUCCUCUUCGCAUGCCUUGUAGGAGGGGACGAACAAGAAGACGAACUUCACGUUAUCGAUGAUGGGAAAACUCGCUUUCUCACCGGAACUCCAGUAUCAUCGUUGUAUCACUUGAAAGAUCUCGAUAACUCCGACGCAGCUUUCUUUGUCUUCCCCGAUCUCGGUGUGAGGAAAGAAGGAAGAUACAAGCUGAAAUUGACCUUGUUCGAAAUCGUGGACCAAGAAGUCUACUACUGUACUACGAUGUGCACUUCGACGUUCUCUGUCUACUCGGCCAAGAAGUUUCCUGGCAUGUCCAAAGCUACAGAUCUUUCCAAGUCUUUUGCUGAACAAGGGUUGAAAAUCAGAGUUCGCAAAGAUCCUCGUCAACCUGCUGCCCGAGCCUCUAAAGCUAAACGAAAGAGCGAUGCUGCGGAGUCAGAAGAAGAUGCGGAAUCUCGACAAAAUCACCAUGCUGGGCUUCCACAACAGCAACAGCAAUCACAACAUCAACGACAGCAGCAUCAGUCUAAAAGAUCAAGAGGCGCAUCUUUAGGUUAUCCUCAUGAAAGCGAUAAGAGCGGACGGGGGUAUCAUCAACCUCCCUCGCCUCAUGAGGAACCAGCUUAUCAUCAUUAUCCACCUCCUUCAUUGAAUGGUUACCCACAUUCACAUGGAUAUCACCCCAAUUAUCCUCCUCCAGGUCAUCAUAUGCCACCCCCACCACCGCCUCCACCGUCAUCUUACGAGCCAUAUCGAGGUCAUCCAGCCAUGUCUCCUAAUUAUCCGCCUGGUCCUGGCUACCCACCGCAAUAUCAUGGUUCUGGAUCUGGCCGACCAGUAACUCACCCUGCUCCCGCACCAGGACCCAGCAAUAGACAUCACCAAUCUUUGCCUCCGCCAGGAUACGGACCACCGGAACACCCAAACUUCCAACUCCACCACCAUCAUCAGCAACAGCAAGCAUAUCAUCCGCCUCCAAGUGCAUAUCAACAUCAUCCUGGUUCACCAUACGGUGACAGGGAACGAACAGGUGUUCCUUGGCCACAAGAUAGAAGAGGCACAUAUCCACCUCAAGAUCGCCAACGGGAACGCGAUCAUGCACAAGACCGUGAACGUGAACAUGAAUAUCAACGUGAAAGAGAAAGAUAUAUGUCAUCGACCAGAGGUCAAGCUCACCAACCUAGAGUCAGAGAAGCACCAAGACCUUUAUCACCUAGAUCUCGAACCUCACCUACUCGAGGAGCUUAUGGUUCUGUUCAGCCGUCUCCCACACUUUCCGCAACCUCAGCAGGAUACAGACCAUCUUCAUCUGGAAGAGACACACUACAUUCUCCAAACGUGGUGACCUUACCACCGUUAAGUAUGGCUACUACACCAAGGCACAGACAAUCUCAAGGUUUACCACCGAUCAUCACCUCAGCAGAAAGGGAUAGGGACGAGUUGUUGAAUCAGCGAUCAGGAAGUCAAAGAGGAUCAAGGAAUGCCAGUCCGACCGACAACGUGGGGACACCGCUUAGUGCUGGUGCAAAGACUGAUAGGAUGAAGUUACAUAACAUUGUGGAUUAG